CACUCCCUAGACGGGCAGACACUUAUUCUCCUCUCUCCACAUAUAUACGUACUCCCACACACUCGUAUCUACUCUAGCUUCCCAGUUUAUACGGAGUCGUUGAAAAUAAAUAUAUAAAUCUCGCACCUCACUCCUAGCAGUAAUAAGCUACCAAUCUCUCCCCAUUCAAGUCCCCAACUCCACAAAACUUUGAUCUGAAUGGCUGCACUAAUGCUAGACAACUGCGAAAGCAUAAUACUCUCACUGGACUCGCACAAAUCAGUCCCAGCGCCCUUUCUCACUAAAACUUACCAGCUGGUUGACGAUCCCCUCACGGACCAUAUCGUCUCUUGGGGCGACGACCACACCACCUUCGUCGUGUGGCGACCCCCUGAGUUCGCCCGUGACCUCCUCCCUAAUUACUUCAAGCACAACAACUUCUCCAGCUUCGUCCGCCAGCUCAACACCUACGGUUUUAGAAAGAUUGUGCCGGACAGAUGGGAGUUCGCGAAUGACUUCUUCAAGAAAGGCGAAAAGCAUCUUCUCGGCGAGAUUCACCGCAGGAAAACUUGCCAGCCGCAACAAAUGUCUCACACCCACCAUUCUCUCCACCGCGCCGGCUUCUUCCCCUAUCAGAACCCUAGCAUCUCCCCCACCAACUCCGACGACCAAGCCAACAACUGGUCCUGCGACGACUCCCCGCCACCUCUCUCCUCCCCCACUCCUCAUUCAACUACCACCAACUUAUACAACACCUCAGUCACCGCGCUGUCGGAGGACAAUGAGCGACUCCGGCGGAGUAAUCAUAUGCUCAUGUCCGAGCUCGCUCAUAUGCGGAAGCUAUAUAAUGACAUUAUUUAUUUUGUCCAGAACCAUGUGAAGCCUGCGGUGCCUAGUCAUUCUUAUCCUCCUUCUCUCGUAUUAGCCAAUGCUAAUAAUGUGCAUCACAAGGGUUUUAGCAAUGGGUAUGAUCAUCACCAGUAUAAUAAUAUGGGUAAACAAAGUAGUCAUGAAGGAGCCAAGAUAUUCGGGGUGCCACUGCAGUGUUCUAAGAAGAGAUCAUUACAACAUGAGUAUAUGGGGAUGAGUACAAACAAGGCUAGAUUUGUGUUGGAAAAUGAUGAUUUAGGAUUGAACCUUAUGCCACCUUCUCCAUGUUAAUUAAGAGUUGAGCACUAAUUAAGCUUGCUUUUUCUUCUUGAA